GGACCGAGGGACGACAUGUGUCCUCCACCUAACUCGUCUGGGGCCCGAUGCGGCCUGCACUCCAGGCGUGUAUUGGACACAGUAGUGUCGGAGCCCGGCCCGGGGCUGCCCUGGUACAGCCGUGUUGUGUACGUGGACGAUCAGGUCAUCUAUGUCUACACCAGCGGGAUGCAGAGGGCGGAGCCUCGCACAGCGUGGAUGGCACAGAACGAGGGUCCGGAGUUCUGGGACGAGAGGAUCUGGUGGGCACAGCGCCACCAGAAAUGGUUCAAAGCAAGUCUGAACACCCUGGGUCAGCUCUACAACCAGAGCGAGGGGUUUCACAUUAUCCAGAAGAUAUACGGCUGUGAUCUCCGGGAAGACAACACCACUUGGGGGUUUUACCAGGAUUCAUAUGAUGGACGAGACUUUCUUACCUUCGAUAAGGAGACCAUGACUUUGGGAGCAGAAGAUAUUGGGGCUCAGAUCACCAAGAGGAGAUGGGAUGCUCAAGUAUUUGACAACUAGCAAUGGAAACGCUACCUGGAGGAGAGAUGUAUUCCUUGGCUAAGGAGUGCUCUAGAGUAUGGGAAGGAGACUCUGCAGAGGAAAGUGCACCCAACAGCUAGAGUGAGCGACAGGUCAUCUCACGAUGGCCUCACCACCCUCUCCUGUAAGGUCAGUGGGUUCUACCCCCGGGACAUCACCAUGACCUGGCUGAGAAAUGGGGAGAGCAGACAGCAGGAGACCUACUCUGAAGGCAUCCUACCCAAUGGGGAUGGGACCUACCAGACCUGGGUGACGAUGCAGAUUGAUCCCAAGAUCAAAGCCCAUUAUUCAUGUCACGUGGAGCAUGAAAGCCUGUUAGAGCCACUCUCUGUCUCCUGGGAACCAAAUAACAAUCUGAUCCCCAUUGUGGCUGGAGUUAUCACUGCAGUUGUCCUGAUUGGUGUAAUAAUCGGAGUAGUCGUCUGGAAAAAGAAACACCCAGGGAAGAAGGGAGAUGGCUAUGCUGUAGCUCAGGCAAAUGACCAAGGAUCUAGUGGCUCUGACCUAUCUGCCAAGGGUGUGAAAGACUCUAGUGAGAGGGAUUUCUCUGUGGCUGCUGACACAGCAUGGGCUGAGCUCAGCUUUUGCAAUGAUAAACUCCAGCUGCUUCAGAGAACAGUCUCCCGUGAACUGCAGGGAGGAAACAGGAGGGACAGAGCCCAGCACCUGAGGCUCCAGGAACACAGAUCGCUGACACUUGAGCUACAAGCUUUGUCGACGGGGUUAGAGAUUUUGUCCACAGAACAUGGCCACUAG